AUGGCGACAUCUGAGAACUUGGUCGCAUUGCAGACCGAGCAAAGAAACGCAAAGAGUCUUGAUAUUGACCAAGUUCCGACCGUCGAGCUCUGCCGAAUCAUCAACGCAGAAGACACUACUGUCUCGGAGGCGGUAUCGAGAUGCAUCCCAGUCAUAGCGGCGGCCAUUGAUUGCCUAGCUGCGAGAGUCCAGGCUGGGGGCAGAGUGAUAUAUGUUGGCGCUGGAACGAGCGGAAGGCUGGGUGUUUUGGACGCCUCGGAGAUUCCACCCACCUAUUCUGCUCCUGCGGGUCAGUUUGUGGGCAUCAUCGCUGGCGGAGAUGCAGCCCUUCGAAACGCGCAAGAAGGUGCAGAAGACGACAUCGAUGCCGCCGUUCGAGAUCUCAAAGCGCUCCAAUUGAAUGGAGCUCUUGACUCAUUGAUCGGUAUCGCAGCGUCUGGUCGCACUCCUUAUGUGUUGAGCUGCCUAUCUUAUGCUAAGAGUCUCGGUUGCGCGACGAUCGGCGUGGCGUGCGCACAACCCUCAGCCAUGAGCAUGAGCGGAGACGUGGACUUCAUGAUUGAUGCUGUUGUCGGACCGGAAGUUAUCACGGGAAGCACGAGAAUGAAGGCCGGAACGGCGACGAAGCUGGUUCUGAACAUGCUCAGCACGGGGAUCAUGAUCAAAAUUGGGAAAACUUAUGGAAAUAUGAUGGUUGAUCUCAGAGCAACCAACUUCAAACUGCAGCAGCGGUCUCGAAACAUAUUGCGGACUAUCUGUGGCUCUCAAUGCCCCGACUCGGACACCGGUUUGGAUGCUCUUCUUUCAAGCUGCCAGGGAAGCGUCAAGCUCGCCAUUGCAACAUUAGGCCUAGGGGCCACAGUAUCAGAGGCGAAACGGCUCCUGGAAGACGCGGGCGGUGUGCUUGCCAGUGUUUUCAAGAAGCCUCCUAAUGGAUGCAUAAACGGUCAAACAACAACAGAAAGCCACGCUUCAGAAUAUGUGCUCUGCAUUGAUGGCGGUGGGAGUAAAUGUGCCGCAGUCGUGAUCUCUGCAGAUGGUCAAAGAGGAUACGGCGAGGGGCCAGGUUGCAAUGUAACCGACGUCGGCGUCGAAUCUGCAAUUCAGUCAAUCUCGGUAGCGAUACAAAGAGCAUGCGAUGCGCACUCCAGAGUCAGAGCUGGAGCAUGGACACCCGACCUUUUCUCAUCCGUCUGGAUCGCCCUCGCCGGCCAUGACCGGAAGGGAAUCGCACUCAGCGUCGACCGCGUGCUGGAAAAGCUCUUCAAGCGACCCCUCGGUGCAACAUUAAAAGUGACGAAUGACAUCGAACUGCUGGCAACUUCGGCAGCGACGAAACACGAUAGCAACUCGGCAAUUGUGCUCGUCGCCGGCACUGGAUCCAUCGCAAUGAGCUUCCAGCGUCGAGGGGAGUCAUUUAUCCCCGUCGGACGGUCAGGAGGUUGGGGCCAUCUUCUCGGUGACGAUGGCUCGGGCUUUGAUAUUGGGCGACAGGCUAUCCGUCUUGCACUGUCUGCAGUUGACGACUUCAACAAUCGCAGACACGAGUUAGACGCGGACAAGACGUUCGCCCCGACUGCGCUCGUUCAGCGAAUCGUUGACUCUUUCAGCCCAAGCGGCACGGACACACAGGACUUGGACUUACUGAGCGCCGCUCUGUCGUCUUCGCCAGACGUGCAGAAAAAGAAACGGAUCGCGCAAGUUGCCCGGCUUGUGAUCGAUGCCAGCACAGACGACGCGCAAGCAGCCAACAUGGUUCAAAAAGCCGUGGAGUGCCUAAUUCAGCUGCUUGGCCCUCUCACAAGAUCUGGACGGAUCGAUACCACAACAUCCAGCCUACUGUUAGCCGGCGGCUUGAUGCAGAGUAGAGUCUUUACGGAUGCAUUCAAAGAAGCCUUGCAUGCGGCCAAACUCCAAUUCAAGCAUGUCGAAGUGGUCAAUCAGCCAGCGAUUCUGGGCGCUGAACACUUGCUGCGACUGCGAAAACGCUGA